AUGGCCGGGCCAUGCGUUGGAUCGAAUGAGAGAAUCCCUAGCAUCACACUCCUGUACCAUUCAAAUGAUUUGCAUGAAGAGAUCAGAGCUGCUACAAAGAGUAUUGGAAGGGAUGAAUGGGAUGUUGUGCUUGUGAGGUUUUGUAGUGAUAUGAAGAAUAGUGAUGGAAAGAGUACAUUUAAGGGCUUCACAGGCUUCUCACUCACAUCAACAAACUCUUCAAUUUCUUCCUUCAGUCGACCACCUUUGACAUCGUUUCUUGCGCGAACUCCACUAGACACUAAACCAACAGAAACAUCAAACUCUCCAAACGUUGUAUUGACAACAGCUUCUUCGUCUCUGUUCUCGGGCUUGGCAAAGCAAGCGGAGUCUGUGAAGUCUAACGUGCCGAGUUUGUUGGGUACACAAGAAUCGCUUCGUUUUCAAUCAUCGGGGCUGCAGGCAGCUUCUUCGGUAUUGAGUUUUCCAGCGAGCAGCAAUAGUGAACAGAGGACUGCACAGAGUUUAUCACCCACGUUGUCAACUACGGCCACAACAACUACAACAGACUUUUCUCUUACGAAAAAGUCCGACUUAUCAACAACAACAACAACAGCAACAACAGCAACUGCCAGUUCGAGCAGCUUGGACACUGUCUACUUUCAAUUUCUUCGAGAACUCAAUCAGAGUGUUAGCACGUGGAUCAAGGAGCACGUUGAUGCAAACCCUUUAAUCGAUUUAACUCCCAUUUUCAAAGAUUAUCAGUCGUACAUGAACGAUAUUGAGUCGAAGUAUGAAGCGAAGCCGUCGAAUUUAGGGCUACAAGCCUCCAUGUCUCGUACGUCUACGGACGUGUUUUCUUCACCACAGUCGACUGUUGUGAAACUGUCGGUUCCGGCAACGUCGUUGGCUUUAUUGCCUGCGAAGGUGCAGACAUCAGGACAAGAGGAGGAGGCAAUAGAUGGCAAAAGUACCGACCAAGAUGACAACACACUUCCUGCUGACGGUGAAGAAUCGAGGAAACCACUAACGGUUGACGACCAUCUGGAGACUGUACACAGAGUACGAUGCAAGUUGUUUUAUAAGAAGGAAGAAGAGUGGACUGAGUUAGGAGUAGGAGAGCUGAAACUGGCAGUCAUAGACACGACGGGUACACAGCUAUUGAUUCGUGCAGACACCAACAUCGGUAACAUUCUACUCAACGUUCGUCUCAACAAAGACACCCCAGCAUCUCGUUCUGGAAAGAACAACGUCCUACUAGUCGCCAAACCGAAUCCCCCUUUAGGAAAGACAGACGAUGCCAAUCCAACGUGCUACCUCAUCCGAGUAAAAACUGCCAAAGAUGCAGACGAUCUCUUGGAAACGAUCGAUGAGCGUAAAAAGGUAAUGUAGUUAUAGAACUCGCAUCUAGGCUUCUUUCAUUACGGAAGUUUGUAGAGUUUAAUGCAAU